AUGAGCUGGGAAGAUGCGGUGCGGAAGUACAAGAACCAUAUUCCGGCGCAGGAGUAUGUGCCUCUUGCCGGCCGUCCCACCAACGCUUCUCAGCCGAUGGUGAUGCCAUUCCAGAGCGAUCCGCAGGAGAUGGAUCUUGAUUCAACACCAGUGCCGACCGGCCCGUAUCCGGUGCAGCACCAACUUCACCAGCACCAGCAUCAGCACCACCAACACUCCGUGUCGCAGGGCCAAUUACAUUCAAAGCCGUCUCCAACUCCGCUAUCACAGCCAUCCUCUAGUCGCUUGUCCAUCAGCAGCGCCCCCCGCACGCCGUUGCCAUCUAGUCGAACGGACAGGAUGACGUCGGCGGUUUUGCCGGGCAUUGAGUCUCUAUCGGGCGAUCUCCAAAGCGCAACGGCUCGGAUCAUCAAUAGUUCUAACCCCUACCGCACGCGCUAUGAUGCCGUUCACGUGCAGCUGGUAGUGUGGUCUGACGACAAUCAGCUGGAUAGGUCUGCUGUCGAGAACCUCGCAGCGGUAUUUGAGAAGAGAUACAACUAUACUGCUGAGAUCAUGUGCAUCCCGGUGGAUGUCUCGAGCCCAUAUCGAUGGCUGGUUCAAACGGUGACAGAGUUUGUCAGCAACCGAGACUCGCGAGAGACACUCAAGAUUCUCUACUAUGCUGGCUGCAGCUAUCUAGAUGGCGAGCGUGAGAUGGUCCUGUCAAGCUCAACGGACGGGGCAUUUUCGCGCACGAUUCGGUGGAGUGGCAUCCAACAGGUGCUCGAGGACGCGACUUCGGACACGCUCAUACUCAUGGACGCGGCAUACUAUCCGUGCUCCAAGAUGACACGCCGGGAGGGUGUGCUGGAGCUGAUUGCAGCAUCGGCAGGCGAGAGCCAGAGCAACAAGCUUGGACGGGUGGCGUUUACGCAUGCGUUGAUCAAUCAGCUCCAGACGCGGCUGAACCAAAAGUACAGGGGUCCCCUGUCAGCCUUAUCGGCUGCCGAGCUUCACGUCCGGCUGUUGUCGGACUAUUCUCGGAUCAUGCAAGGCCAAAAUCCCGAGAAGGAGCAGAUCACAAGCUCCCCAUCACCGUUGCACAUCCAGAUAUCCGCGAAUGCGCGGCUGCCAUCGAUCCUGGUUGCGCCUUCGAAGAGGCCGAUGCCAAGCAGCCCCGAGAUGCAGGCACCGGGGACACAGAUCCAUCUAACGCUGCAGCUGUCGGACAGCGGAGUAGACAAGGCUGGCUGGACUGAGUGGAUGCGGCUGCUGCCAGAGGGUGUGCAGGAAGUCAAGUGUGACAGUCCAUUCCGCAAUACGUUCCGAUGA